AUAAAUAUGCUUCUAUAUUUACAUGUAAAUAUGCUUCUACAUAAUACAAUUUUCCUGUCAAUCUGGGUGGAAGUGGCAGUUUUAUGUUCUCUCGAAUCAGUUUGCAUCCGUUUUAAGUUUCUUGUGUAUUUUUAAUAUUUUGAUGACAUGACAAAUGUAAAUGAGAUUAUUAUUUCAGUAAAGAUGCAUUUAUGCACAUUUCUUUUGCUGAGUUUGGCUUUGGCUUUUGGGCCAGCAUUACCUAUGCCCCCACCAGAUGGCAUUAAUGAGCAGUGGAACGAUAUUCCCGAUUUAAACAAAGGUUUAAGUCUCAGAGAAGGAGACAUCAUGGAGCCCCCGCAAAGGAGUGCCAUUCUUGGGAAUCGGUGGAAUAUUCCCGUCCCCUAUGUGCUGAGUGUGAAUCUCAGCAUAAACUAUAAAGGAAUCAUUCUGAGAGCCUUUGAGCAGUUCAGACUGAAAUCAUGUAUUGACUUUAAGCCCAGAGCAGCAGAAGCUUUUUACAUCUCUGUGGAGAGUCUUCAAGGGUGUUGGUCAUUUGUUGGACGUAUUUUUUCUGGAGGCCAGAAUCUUUCCAUUGGUAAUGGCUGUGGAAUAAAAGCCAUUGUCGAGCAUGAGUUUCUCCAUGCACUAGGAUUUUGGCAUGAGCAGUCAAGAUAUGACAGAGAUGAUUAUGUGACAAUCAACUUUGAACACAUCAUUAGAGGGCAGGAGCAUAAUUUCAAUAAAUACAGUGAGAAUGUGACCACCACCCAAGGCACCCCAUAUGACUAUUACUCUGUGAUGCAUUAUGAUAAAAAUGCCUUCAGUAACGGUAAUGGAUCCACGAUCAUCACCAAGCUUCCUGAGUUCCAAGAUGUGAUUGGUCAACGCCUGGACAUCAGUGAAUAUGAUGCGAUUGAGCUCAACAAACUCUAUAAAUGCAAUUCCUUCAUCUCUUUCCUUGACCACUGCAGUUUUGAUGAUGCAUCUCUGUGUCAGAUGAGUGUCUGUUCUGCUUCCGUUUAUGGCUGGCAGAGAGUGAAGUCAGUGAGUGGCAUCAAUGUGACUGACCACACCUACUUGAGCAAAGAACAAAAUGGGAUGUCUUUUUUCAUGCACUUCAGCACUGAGGGGAGAAAGGAAGGGGACACAGCCAUAAUGGAGAGCAAGACAAUGACCCCUAAAAGAGACUGCAAAGUCCAGUGCCUGCAGUUCUACUACUAUCACAGUGGUAAUGAGUCUGACCAGCUCAACAUCUGGAUCCGGGAGUACCAGAAUAAAGCAGACAACAGAGGAACUCUCAAACUAAUGGAUCGGAUCAGAGAACUCCCAGGUAAUUACUGGAAACUGCACCAUGUGCCACUGAAUGCAAAUAAAACUUUCCAAGUUCUAUUUGAAGCCCGUAAAGGAGCUGGAAACUCCCGUGGAGGCUUAUCACUGGAUGAUAUCAAUAUUUCAGAGACUGAGUGUCCCCACAUAUGGCAGAUAAAAGACUUUUCAAUAAGGAAACCUUUAGUACAUUACAGUCCAUUGUAUUACUCCAGUGAUGGUUAUCGCUUUCAGGCUGCAUUAGAGGUAAAUCAGAAUUUUCAUGCCAUGAAAAUUCAUCUGGUAUCUGGUGCAUAUGAUGACCAGUUGCAGUGGCCUUGUCCAUGGAGACAAAUAACCUUCCAGAUGCUUGACCAGAAUCCACACAUGCAGAAGCGCAUGUCCUUAGAACAUAGCAUCACCACUGACCCUGCUUUGGCAUCUUCAAAUUGGAACAAUCCUCGAAACAAAGGAAGUCAAGUUGUCAUCGGCAAUGAGUCUGUAUUUGUGGGUGAUUGGGUUUAUAUAUAUCGCAUAACAAAUGAUUAUCUGACUAGAAGAGAGUUUAUCAAGGGUGGUGACAUCAUAUUUCUCCUCACCAUGCAAGAUAUCUCAGGGCUUCUUCAGAAACACUCUCUACCCUGCCCUAAAGUGACAGUGAAGAACUUUAAUGUUUCUCCUGAUGCAAGUGCCCAGCAGGGACCAUGUGCUACAAGUGAAUGUGCCAAGACUGCUUCCUCACUGAUCAUCUUAGUGCUUUGCUUUCUUUUGCUAGUGAGUUAAUCACGAGAAAUCACUAGUAUCACUUCGUCUGACUACACAUGAGUUCAAUGCCAAAGAACUACAUCUAUCUUCAGCCUGUGGGAUAUGAUAGCUAAAUGUGUAUGUUAAUGAUAAGAGCUGAACAUUUUAAGUUUAUAUUCAUUUAUUUACAAUCAAUGUUAUUCUUAGAGUUAAUUAUAACAAACUAUAAAUAAGCAAUUUAUUGUCAAACUCUUUAAUAAUGUUAUAUUAACAUAUUCUCUGUGGAGAUUAAGGUAAACAUUUCCCAUAUCUGAAUCUUUUCAUUUUUAUUAAUCACUGCAUGAAUACUAUGGUCUGUAAAAUACAGAUCCAACAUUGAAAUGCUAUUUUCAAUAUAAAUCACAAAACAGUUUUGCAAGUAAUCAGUUUAAUAGAUAUGACUUAAAUAUUCAAGUGUGUUGGAAUGUCAAUGUAGAGAAUAUGCAUACAAAUUUGACAGAUGAAAACUCUGCAAAUUCUGAAACCACCCACUGCCUAAGUUUGGCUCUGUCCCAAAUAGCACAUUUCAUAACAUUUUCUAAAGCAACAUUUUCUAAGGUGUAUUUACAUUUUGUAUAUUUUUUUGCCAGUAUUUCAUAGUUUGUAUGUAAAAUAUAAAGAUCUUAUUAAAUAUUAAGAACUUAAUAAAAAUCGACUGUAGAAUUGCA